AUGAAAAGGAGCGCUGCCUGGCGAUAUUUUGAUCAAGACGACGAAUCUGACAUAAGUAAAGUAUCUUGCACCAUUUGUGGGGAAGUUUUAAGCCGUGCAAACAACACGUCAAACUUGUUCAAGCAUUUGAAAUGUAAGCACAACUCGGAGUACAAAACCGUGGACGCAGAGAAGAAAGAACAGGAAAAAUCACAGGCAAACAAGAGAAAGGCUACUCCAAAGCAAAUGACCAUGCAAUCGGCACUCGGAAGAGGAACAACUUACCCUAUCUCUUCGAAACGGUGGGGAGACAUAACAGAAUCAUUGGUAGGAAUGAUCGCCAAGGUAAGUGUAUCGUAAUUUUUAAACAAUAUUUUUUGUAAUACUUUCUGUAAUAAAUGGUAGUUAUAUUCAUUAUUAGUAUAUUACUUUAUGCUGUAUUAUCUAAUAUUAUCUUAGCAUUGUAGUAUAAUAUUAUGUUCGUCUAUUGUUACUAUAUUAUGACCAAUAAGGCAAUGAUAUUGUUUUGCUGAUUAUUUUAAUAGGACAUGCAGCCUCUUUCUGUUGUUGAGAAUGAAGGAUUCAUUAAAUUUGUUAAGGAGUUGGAUCCGCGGUAUCAGCUACCUAGUCGUUCUACUAUCACAAGGUCACUACUUCCAAAAAAGUAUGAAAAACUAAAGGAUGCUGUAAAACGUGAACUGACGCAAGUAAAACAUGUUGCUCUGACAACAGAUCUGUGGACUUCUAAUCAAACUUUAAGUUAUCUCACUCUUACCUGCCACUUCAUUAACCACGAAAUGCAAUUGUGUUCAAAGGUCCUUGAAACAUUGUACGUACAGAAGGACCACACUGCACCAAACCUUCCAGAAGAAUUGAAAAAUAUUGCAAAAGAGUGGGAGAUAACUCAGAAGAUCUGUUGCAUUAUCACAGAUAAUGCUGCUAACAUUGUAGCCGCUGUAAACUUGCUUGGAUGGCGUCAUCUGCCUUGCUUUGCGCACACUCUUAACCUAAUUGUUCAGGAUUCUCUGAAUGCUGUCACUGGACUACCACGUCUUCAGAAGAAGUGCAAAGACAUUGUAACUUACUUUCAUCGCAGUACAAAAGCAACAGAAAAGCUGUUAUCUAUGCAGUCUCAGGCAAACACAACCACAAAGCCAAUGAAACUUAAGCAGGAUGUUGAGACGCGAUGGAACUCAACUUUUUACAUGAUGGAACGUUUUCUUAAUUAA